CAGAACAAGAGGAGGACGAGGARGAGGCGGCACCUUYAUACAGCUCAGUGAUGACUUAACAGUGCUCAUCAGGCCACAGCUUCRGCAGUGAUGUUCAAUUCUCUACGUAUUUAGUAAGCUAAUUUUCAGAGGCACUCAAAUGCACCAGAAGGACCUUGGAGCUUGAACUCCCAAUCCAAAUCUGCCCUCUUGUAUUAUGGUUAUUUCCUUAACACAAGUCUCAAAUGCAUAUUUUCACAGCAAUAAUUUUGUAGUCUCAUGCCGUACACUGAAYGCUUUUAUAAUGCAAAUUUAGCUACCUCUUGCAUACAGCCUUGCCUAAUGUGGGGAUUUAUUUUGGAAUAAUCUAAAAGAAUCCUUUCUUUCGUUGCUGUUAYGCUGUUUCAUAAGAAGCUGGCCCUAUCUGCUUAGAUUCCUUGGGCUGUUUAAUUGCUCUGCAAACACUGAGGGGUGCUAAUAAGCUUUCUUUUGAGCAUGUGUUCAUAUGUCAACACUUUAGCUUCUGUCAGAAGCUUAAAAAUGGAAACAGUUUUCUCUUUAAGAAAACAGGAGCCAAAUAAGGAGAUGAUGGAGUGGUGAAGCUUCCUCUGGUGAGUCUGUUCCAGCUCAUUCCUUACAAAGGCGGCACAUGAAAGAUAAGAGAGGAGGCCAGCAAAUCUGGGGCCUCUGUUUAAAACGCUCUACAACCUCUUGAGCGUAUUUGCCGUGGGACUUGGCUGGGCACAACUCCUUUCUCUGCCCAAGUCUUUUUAAAAAAAAGACAUUUAAAAGCUCAGGCUACUUCUUGCAGUUGCGCGACAGGCACAGCCCAUCCUCGAGCGAAAAUGGAAGCCAUCAAGAAAAAGAUGCAGAUGUUGAAGUUGGACAAGGAGAACGCGAUUGAUAGAGCAGAGCAGGCGGAAACGGACAAGAAGGCAGCCGAGGACAAAUGCAAACAGGUAGAGGAUGAACUGGUUGCCCUGCAGAAGAAGUUGAAAGGAACUGAAGAUGAACUGGACAAGUACUCGGAGGCUCUCAAAGACGCCCAGGAAAAACUGGAGCAGGCCGAAAAGAAGGCGACUGAUGCUGAAGGUGAGGUGGCAGCUCUGAACAGACGUAUCCAGCUCGUGGAAGAGGAGCUGGAUCGUGCCCAGGAGCGACUGGCUACAGCCCURCAGAAACUGGAGGAGGCUGAAAAAGCAGCCGAUGAGAGCGAGAGAGGAAUGAAGGUUAUUGAGAACAGAGCAAUGAAAGAUGAGGAAAAAAUGGAGAUUCAGGAGAUGCAACUGAAGGAGGCUAAACACAUCGCUGAAGAAGCCGACCGCAAGUACGAAGAGGUUGCCCGUAAACUAGUUAUUUUAGAGGGUGAACUGGAAAGAGCUGAAGAGCGUGCGGAGGUGUCAGAAGUUAAAUGUAGUGACCUGGAAGAGGAAUUAAAGAACGUCACUAACAACCUGAAGUCCCUGGAAGCCCAAUCUGAAAAGUACUCAGAAAAAGAAGAUAAAUAUGAAGAAGAAAUCAAGCUUCUGACUGACAGGCUUAAAGAAGCUGAAACACGUGCUGAAUUUGCAGAGAGAACAGUUGCAAAACUAGAAAAGUCCAUUGAUGACCUGGAAGAUGAGCUCUACGCUCAGAAGCUGAAGUACAAAGCGAUCAGCGAGGAGCUGGACCACGCGCUCAAUGACAUGACCUCUCUGUAAYGCGCCAGGCCGGGGCUCGCUGCACUUGUCGAGCUUUUCUUUCCUCUAAUUCCUGUCACCUCUGUGCAACUUCCAGCUGCGAUUCUUCACUUUUCUCUGUAGGAAACGC